AUGGUGUUUGACUCUGGUACAGCGGCGCCCGAGAAGGCUCAAGAACCGGUAGCAGGGACAGAAUGGGAUAGCGACGGCGGGCGUGGCGACACGGCCUGCCUCCCUAUCGCCAUUGUCGGCCUCAGUGGUCGAUUUCCUGGCUCGGCGACGGACCCCUCCGGGCUUUGGGACAUGCUUCUCUCCGGACGUACCGCGUGGACGCCUGGCCCGGGACGACGACGGUUCAAUAUGAAGGCCUUCCAGGAAUUAUCAGGCAACAGAGCCGGAACGACUACCACCGGGGGAGCACACUUCCUGCGCGAAGAUAUUGCGGCGUUCGACGCGAACUUCUUUGGAAUUCAUGCGGUCGAAGCGACGGCGAUGGAUCCGCAGCAGCGGCUGCAACUCGAGGUGGCUUACGAGGCCUUUGAAAACGCCGGAAUGACCAUGGAUGCUCUUUGGGGGUCCCAAACCGGCGUAUAUGUCGGCCAGUGGGCACAAGAUUACCAUGAGUCUGUCACCCGCGAUCCCCAACAUCCACCUUCCUACCUGGUCACAGGUACAGGUGCUGCCAUGACCUCCAACCGCAUCUCCCACUUCUUCAAUCUGCAUGGACCAAGCUUCACGGUUGAUACAGGCUGCUCCGCAAGCAUGGUUGCCCUGCAUCAAGCGGUACAGAGCCUUCGUGCUGGGGAGACAACGCAGUGCUUCGUCGGCGGUGUCAACCUCCUGCUGGAUCCGCAGCGCUUCACCUACGGAAGCCAGAUGAAGAUGGUUUCCCGGGAGGGGAGGUCAUUCUCGUUCGAUGCGCGAGCCACUGGGUACGGACGGGGAGAAUGCUGUGCCGGUGUCGUCUUGAAGCCUCUCUCGGCGGCCCUGCGAGACGGCGACCCCGUUCGUGCCGUAAUCCGCAACUCAGUGCUGAAUCAGGACGGUAGAACUCCGGGAAUCACCGUGCCCAGUGCGAAGGCCCAGAGGGAGGCCAUCUGGAAUGCGUACCAACAGGCGAAUUUGGACACGCAUGCCGACUAUGUCGAAGCGCAUGGGACCGGAACCAAGGUCGGGGAUCCGAUCGAGGCCAGCGCCAUUGCUGCCGUGCUGGGGCAGCACCGAAGGCCCGAGUGCGCUUUGCCGAUUGGAUCUAUCAAAGGCAAUAUAGGACACACCGAGUCGGCUGCUGGACUGGCUGGGUUAAUCAAGGCGGUCCUCAUGCUGGAGCAUGGCAUCAUCCCGGCUCAGGCCAACUACCAGACAUGCAAUCCUGAUAUUCCACUGGAGAACUGGGGUUUGCGUAUCCCCGUCAGAGCCGAAAAACCAGAUGUUCUUGGUCGAAUUUCCGUUAAUAGCUUCGGAUAUGGAGGUACCAAUGCGCAUAUCGUGGUCGACUCCUUGGAUAAGGUCAUAUCUCAUCUUUCUCCUUCCCCUGCCCGUUUCUCUGUGACGAGCUCGUCAACGCAAAAGCUGCGUGUCUUUGUUAUCAGCGCGGCUAGCGAGAAAGCGUGCCAGAGAGCUUGCCUUCAGCUGGCUCGCUACCUUGUGCUCGACCAUGCUGGCCACCGAGGCGAGGAUGAUUGGCUUGCCCGAGUAGCCUACACGCUGGGAAACAAGCGAUCCACCCACCGUCACCAGGUGGCUUUGGUGGCAUCGACUGUAGAUGAUCUCGUAACACAACUUAUGAACGCAGCUCACAGUCCAAUCCCGGAAAAAGAGCCAAAGGCCUCUGCACGUAUCGCCCUGGUCUUUGGCGGACAAGGGGCGCAAUAUCCACGCAUGGGGUGUGAUCUCCUUCAGGCUCACCCGGUCUUCGCCCAAUCCCUCGAGCGCGCCCGUGAACAGCUGUUCAGGCUGGGCUGUCCGUGGGAUCUAAUAUCCGAGCUGCGCCGAGAGGAAGCUGACUCUCGGAUUAAUGACCCGGCACUUUCCCAGCCGUUAACGACGGCGAUCCAGCUUGCCCUGGUGGACACCCUGUCUAGCUUCGGGGUCUUUCCCUGUGCGGUAGUGGGACACUCUAGCGGGGAGAUUGCUGCCACGUAUGCUGCCCAUGCCAUCUCGCUCGAAGAUGCCAUGACGGCGGCUUACUUCCGUGGGCAAUUGACCAGCAAAUUGGUCACUGAGAAUCUGCAAUCUUCUCCCGGGGGGAUGAUGGCAGUUGGGGCAGCUCCCGCGGUGGUUGAGCAGCAUAUCCGGAGGGUUGGCACAGCCGACGGUAGCAUUGGCAUUGCAUGCUACAACAGUCCCUCGAGCGUGACUGUCUCCGGCGACUCAGCUGCAAUUGACCGGCUCAAGCACGUUCUAGACGGGGAGGGCAUCUUCAACCGCAAGUUGAGCACCAACGGCGCGGCUUAUCAUUCUCAUCAUAUGGAACGCAUCAAAGAGGCAUAUGAGUCUUCACUGAAAGCACUUCCCGCGGGAACGGUCGGCUCAUCGGUGCGGAUGUUUAGCACGGUCACGGGCAAGGCCCUAGACCAGAAAUCGCUAAUCGACGGUCACUACUGGACGCAGAACCUAACCAGCCCCGUUCUGUUCUCACAAGCAUUCAGCAGCAUGUGCCAGCAGGAGUUUAAUGGCCUUCCUGUUGAUACGCUGAUUGAAGUUGGACCCCACUCGCAGCUGGCCGGACCGGUGAAGGAAACCCUGCGAUCCCUACGAGGAUCCCUAGAGGGUAUAAACCACACUCACACACUUUUGCGGGGCGCCCAAGACGCAGCAGUGACAUUCCUCCAAUGUCUCACUUUCCUGCAUAUUUCUAACGGGACUGUGAAUUUAAACGACCUCAAUCAGGAUGGUCCCCCGGCUAGGCCGCUUGUUGACCUCCCCCCUUAUCCCUUCGACCAUGGCCGCACCUAUUGGCACAAGAGUCGUCUGUCCGAGACCUACCGGCACCGGCCUCACGUACCGCAUGAACUCUUGGGUACUCUGUCGCUAGAUGUCAACCGCUUGGAGCCAAAAUGGCGCCACUUCCUGAGCCUGAAGGAGUGUCCUUGGCUACGAAACCAUCGGGUCCAGGGACAAAUCGUCUUCCCAGCAGCGGGCUAUAUCACGAUGGCCGUGCAAGCGAUUAGACAGCACAUUUAUAACACGGACCCGACCAGUCACGUCCACAGUGUCCGUUUGCGAGACAUUAGCUUCGGGAAGGCACUGGCCUUGAGCGAAGACGAUCCAGGGCCGGGACAGGAGAUUUGCUUGUCACUGCGUCCCCAAGCGCGAUCUGCACGCGAGUCAUCGUCCAUCUGGAGCGAGUUCCGAAUCUUCACAGUCGAUAGCGAGCAAUCGUGGACUGAGCAUUGUCGUGGCUUGAUUCGCACAGAGGCUGACCCCGUAAACGAGCACUACCCUCUUGGCGUAACCCCAGAUGACGCAAAGCGCAUCGACAAGCAAUGCAAACGGCUGACGGACCCGCGGAAGUUCUACCAAAUAGGCGACGGAGUUGGCCUGGGUUGGCGGUCCCCUUUUGAGAGCUUGUGCGCUAUCCGAACUAGCAGGCACUCUACCCAUGUGUCUGUACGGGUUCCCAACCUGCCCGUAGCCCCGGGCGGCAUGGGAGACUGGCUAUCCCCUCCAGCCCUUGAUGCAGCCUUGUUCCAGAGUGGUGUGUCGCUGCUGUUCCUUGAGGAUGGGCUCCAGUCCCCGUGCAUGCCGGUCUUCGUCAAACAAUUGCGGAUCGCCAACCGAUCGACAGAGGCAAAUACCGAGCUUGUCUGCGCAGCAAAGUCGUGUAAUAAUAGCAAGCCCUCGUCGAUUCUCGAUGUUCGCGUACAACAACACUCUGGAGGCACUGAGAGCCCCGUGAUGGUCCUCGAGGCCGAAGGUAUUCGGCUGAAGACUCUACCGGGCGCUGUAGCAGACAGUCGCAACUCGCGAGAAAUUUGUCAUGGCAUGGAGUGGGUAGCAUGGAUGGAUGAUAAGACGACAGCCCAUCAUUGUCGGGAUAGGUGUCAGGCCGUCGUCCCCUCAGGAUCUUUUGCUGAGCAAGAUCGCAUACUCAAUGCCCUGGCGUUGGGUCAUAUCCAGCGCGCGCUCGAAGAAGUCCCGAACCCGACCGAUAUCCCAGACGGUUACCUGCGCCACCAGUUUGCUUGGAUGAAGACUGUUGCCGGUCGGGGCACAUCUCACUUUGGGAACUCUCAUUCGGAAAUCGAGAUGGCCUGCCUCGACCUGGAUCUGGGGCCAGUGGGCGAUGUGAUCGCUCGCUUGGGCCCGCACCUAUCCAGCAUCCUUACCUGCCGCACGGAUCCGUUGUCCCUGCUGUCGCAGGAUAAUCUCCUGUCCCGACUCUACUCGACCGACGACCAGCGCCGUUGCUAUUCUCAAAUGGCUGCAUACUGCCAUGAGCUAGGCCGACAAGCAUCCGGCCUGCGGGUCCUCGAAAUCGGGGCCGGUACGGCAUCUACAACCAUCCUUAUCCUGCAGGCCCUGAGGAAGGCAGGGCGCAGCGCCGUGCACCAGUACGACUUUACUGACAUCUCCCCGGGCUUCUUUAGCGCGGCUAAGGAGAGACUUGGGGAUCUGGCGGAUGUAGUCGAAUUCACCGUCUUGGACAUCGAACGCGACCCGAUAAAGCAAGGAUUCGCCGAAGGUAGCUACGACUUGAUCAUUGCGACUAACGUCAUUCACGCGACCAAGCAUAUCGAUCGGACCCUGCGCCAUGUACACUCUGUUCUUCGACCAGGGGGAAGAUUCAUGAUGAUGGAAGUCACGCGGGAAACCCUCUAUUGCAACCUGGUGUUCGGGACGCUCCCGGGAUGGUGGUCGGGCCAUGACGACGGGAGAACGGUAGCUCCCACACUCACUGGGCCGGAAUGGUUGCGCCGGUUGCAACAGGCUGACUUUGCCAAUGCGGAGGUGUGGUUUCGAGACUAUGAGGAGGAUGAUGGGGGAAAGUUCAGCGUGUUCAUUGCAGAGGCCCCUUCGUCAUCCCAGUCCACGGCUGAUGGUACUCCCUUGCCUACGCUUCGGUUCGUGACCACCGACGCAAACCUAUCUCGAGUGACAAGUACCGACUCUAAACGUUGGCUUCACUUGCUCGAGAGAGAACUCGACACUUCUCAGGGAAGCAUCUCCGCUCACUCUCUAUUAAUGUCUGCCGCGGAAGACGGAAUUGUCAUCAUGCUACCGGAGGUGGCUCAACAGUUAUGUCGCAGCCCUGAUCCUAAGUGUUGGGAACAAUUCAAACGUUGGGUUCUCCAAGUGCGCACCGUCCUGUUCGUGAGCAUCAGCGCCACGGACAGUGCCGAUGAGGCUGAGACCGGUCUCUGGGCUGGGCUUGCCCGAACACUGCACCUGGAGCAUGCUGAUAUCCGCGCAGUGACUCUCAACCUGCGGUGUGGCCCCGAGCAGGUACUGCCGAAGCUUGUAAAAGUGCUACCCCGUCUGCUACGCAGUGCGACGUUUGAUCAGUCCCGGCUCGCUACUGAGGUCGAGGAUGAGUUUGCAGAGGAAGACGACCGACUUCUUGUGGCACGAGCCUUUCAUCGCCCAGACAUCAGCGAUUAUGUCAGGCGUGUCGGGCAACACGCAGAGCCCGGGAUGGUUCCCUUCCUAGGUACUGGACGGCCGCUGACGGCUGAGCUCGCAGUCCCCGGUCUACUGGAGACUCUUCGCUGGAAGGACGACCUUGACGCCCCUGAGCUGGGCCCGGACGAUGUCCGGUUGGAGCUUCGGGCCGCCAGCAUCAACUUCAAGGAUGUCCUGAUUGCGGCGGGCCAGCUAGAAAGCUACGUUCAGCUCCGAAACGACUGCAGCGGGGUCGUCCUCGACGUCGGAGCCAACAUGCGGGAUCGCUUCCGGCCCGGAGACCGCGUGUGUGCCCUAUACUCGCGGGCCUACACCAAUUACCCAGUCGUUCACGGCGACUGCUGCCACAUCGUGCCGGAUGCCAUGUCUUUCGCCGAAGCAGCCUCGCUCCCUAUAGUCGGCACUACGGUGUACUAUUGUCUCAUCGAUAAGGCUCGCCUGCGCAAUGGUGAUAAAAUCUUGGUUCACUCAGCCGCCGGAGCAGUUGGCCAAGCUGCGAUCAGCUUAGCUCAACAUAUCGGGGCUGAAGUUUUUGCGACCGCAGGCAACGAGGCGAAGCGAGAGUUCUUGCAAAGGCGAUUCGGCCUGGCGGCUGACCAUAUCUACUCCAGCCGGAAAACGGCAUUUGCGGGUAGGAUCAAGCAAGUCACUGAUGGGUAUGGGGUCGAUGUUGUUCUGAACUCGCUCGGUGGCGAGGCCUUCCGCGAGAGUACCAAUCUCGUCGCCCCAUUUGGGCGCUUCAUCGAGAUCGGACGUAAGGAUCUGGAGGAUGAUGCCCUGAUGCCCAUAGAGUUCCUCCUCCGCAACGUGACGUUUGCCUACGUGGACUUUAGCAUUAUCAUCGAGCAGGACAAGGCACUGGCAAGGCGCUUGCUGAAGUCGGUUGUCUCACUCACCGCCACCGGUUCGAUCCAACCGGUGUCCCUGACUACGAUGCCUGUCUCAGAAAUCGAGCGCGCUUUCCGUCACAUCCAGAAGGGGGACCAUAUAGGCAAGAUUAUCCUCACUGUUGAGAAGGAUCAGCAAGUAAAGGCCAUCCCACCAGUACCACCACCAGCACAGCUCCGACCGGAUGCCAGCUACCUCGUGGUUGGAGGCUUCGGCGGGCUGGGGCGAGCCAUGCUCUCUUGGAUGGCAGACCACGGAGCGCGAUAUCUCAUAUCCUUUUCCCGCUCGGGUGCCGUGGACCCGCGCAGUCAUGACCUCAUUUCCGAGCUUGAAGCCCGGGGCGUACAUGUGCUUGCCAAAGCCGGGGAUGUGGCGUCGUCGGACGAUGUCGCCUCGCUGACGACUGUCCCUGGCCGCUCAGGAUUUCCACCCGUGAGGGGGAUUAUCCAGUCCGGCAUGGUGCUCCAGGAUGCCCUUCUCGGCGAAAUGACCUGUGAGGACUGGCAGGCGGCGCUAACGCCCAAGGUUCGGGGCAGCCUCCAUCUGCACCACAUCCUCGGUCAAGACAUCGACUUCUUCAUCAGCCUCUCCUCCAUUGUGGCGAUGAGCGGUAACAUCGGACAGUCCAACUACGCCGCCGCCUGCAGCGUCCAGGACGCGCUGGCGCGGUAUCGCCGCGCCCACGGACUACCGGGCUACUCCAUCAACGUCGGAUGGGUGCUUGAUGCGGGCUACGUCAGUGAAAAUCCUCAAACGGCCGCCACGCUCCGUCGUCAGGGCUUCUCAUCCUCCCACCUCUCCGAACUCCUGGCGCUGAUCGAGUACGCCGUGACUGACGGUGGACGUGACGACGGCAACUGCGUCUGCUCUAUCGGACUGGCACCAUCCCACGGGAGUCUGCCCUCCAGCGGCAGCGUGAAUCAAUGGUUCUCACAACGGCGCUUUGCGCAUCUGGUCCGCCCCGAACAGACGCAGUCAAAGAUGUCAGGAUCGUCGGUCGACGUCUCCACCCUCCUCAGUAAAAUCAGUUGUUUCGAAGACGCGGUAGAGGUGGUUUGCCAGACUCUCCUGGAGCGACUGGGGAAACUGUUGGCUACACCUGUUGAGUCUCUCAGCGCGGCGAGGAGCCUGGACCAAUAUGGGGUGGACUCACUGGUGGCUGUCGAGCUGCACAACUGGAUCAUCGCCUACCUGCGGGCAAAUAUCACGCUGGUGUCCGUACGGGGGGCAAGUAGUAUCUAUAAACUUGCGCAGAUGGUUACCAAGGAGUCUGCGUUGGUUCCCCUGAAUGCCCUUCGUAACUGA